AUGUCCCUUUUUAAACUUCGAGAAUGGUGGUCGACUAAAUGCGGAGUGAAUGAAGAAUUUGAUAAGGGUUCUCUUUGUAUAGGAAAUGUAGACAAUGAGAGACCCCCAAAUUCUAGUCAAGAUAAUUAUUUGGAUAAAAUUGUUGUAGGAAGUUUAUCUGGAAUGCUCAGAAUUUAUAAACCUCAGAAAAACACUUUUUAUCCAACUGAUUUAUUGUUGGAAAAACAAUUAGAAGCACCAAUUUUGCAAGUUGAAAUUGGUAAAUUUAUUCCUAAUUCAAGGGAUAAUGCUCUUGGUGUUUUGAUGCCUAAAAAGUUUGCAGUGUAUACUAUUGUAAAACAAGCCUCCGAGUCUUUUGUUUCAAGCAAUGAUCAAGAUCCAAAUUCUAUGGAAGGUUAUACACUUCAUUUGUAUUAUGAACAUGCUCUUCAAAGAUUAUCUUACAACUUUUGUUAUGGCCCUUUUGGAGGUGCUUUCGGAAAGGAUUAUAUUUGUAUUCAAUCUUUUGAUGGCCAAUUAUCAUUCUUUGAGCAAGACCACUUUACUUUCCAAAGAUUCUUGUCAACAAGUUUAGUUCCUGGACCAUUAACAUACAGCAAAUCUAUGGACAGUUUUGUUACAUUUAAUUCAUCGAUGGAAGUUGAAGCUUACAAAUAUCAAAUGUUGGCAGCCUCAUCCGGAUCGAAUCAAAAAGAAAAUACAAACGGAAAAAAGGUAAAAGCAAAUUGGACUGUAAAUGUUGGAGAAGAAGUCUAUGACAUUCUUGUUGGAAGAUAUAGUCAAUAUUUAUCAGCAGGUCAAUCUGAAAUUCUAGUUAUAGGAGAACGAACAUUAUUCAGUAUCAAGGAAAAUGGAGAAUUAAUGACACAAAUGAGAUUUGACUAUUUCCCUAGUGCAGUAGAUCUCUACAAACCAAGCUCAGAUCCUACUGAAAGACAAAAUUUGAUUUUGGGAACUCACAACAAGACAAUAAUGAUCUAUUCUGAUCCUAAGCUUGCUUGGGCAGCUGGGUGCAAUUCUUCCCCUGUGAGUAUUAGAGUUGCUAAUUUUAAUGGAAUCAAGGGUAUGGUUGUUUCUUUGGAUGAAGAAGGAAACCUUGCUUUAAAUUAUCUUGGUACUGGAGCCAUUUCGAACUCUGUUCCAACUCUUGAAAACAAAGAUAUUGAUUAUGAGCGUUUGGAAGAAGAAACCAAGCGUCUUCAACAAAUCAUAAGAAAAACAAAGAGAAAUCAAAAGGAUGAAGCAAAUGAAAGUUUAGUAAUAAGAGCUCAAAUACCAACUAGUGUUGACCCUGAGUCAUUCAGUACUGGAACUGAAAAUAAGAGAGUGACCAUCAAGUUGUACAUAGGUUUUACAGGUGAUGAAUGCCAAUUAGAAAAUAUUACAAUUAAUAUGAGUGUGGAAAAACCAUUUUAUGUGAUAGCACCAACCACUUACAUUAGUGUCCUUAAUGCUGGGUCUCAAAGAACACCAUAUGUUCUCCCAAUAACUGUAUUUGGUGGUAAUGAAUGCACUCCAAAGACUCUUGAGGCUUCUGUUAGUGCAAUUUACCAUGAUCCUUUAACAGGUCAGCCUCGUGUAUCUAACUGCAGCUUUUUGCUUCCUUUCGGAUUGUGUGGAGAUAUUGUUCCUGCUAAGAAAGUUACAACUCACAAAAUCACUUUAGAAACUAACAAAUCCCCAAUACCAAUUGCUACAUUGUUUGAAGAUUUGAUACCACAGGGAGAUACUGAAACUGAAAAUUUAGUGAGUGAAAACAUCUUAACAUUCCAAUAUGCUAAUGGAAAAGAUGCAACUCUCUUAGUAUCAAAGAAUGCAGGAAGAUAUAGAAUUCAAUCUGCCAAUUUUGAAACUAUGUAUUUACUCGCCAAAGAAACAACAAGAAGAUUGAAGGCCUGUAAUGUUGCCCUGCAGUCAGAUGAUAAAUCUCCAAUUAAGAUUGAAAGUACAGAAAAUCUUCCAUUCUACCCAUACUUUGAUAUUAUAGACGAACACUUUAAGAACCGUCUUGGUUUGCAAAUUUAUUACGAGCAAUUGGACAAACUGGCAGCUCAAUUCAGAACAAUACAAAGGCGUUUAAUGGUCAGAUACAAGGAUAAGAAUCCAACCUCAAUCAAUAGCUUGGACAUUUUGUUUGAAAAGACUUAUGAUGACAUUCUGACUCUAACAAAGAAGAUUGAAAAGACUCAAACCAAUCUGAAAGAACUUUCUCAAAACCUUUCUUGUGCAACUUUAUUAAUGCAUUUAUUAAUGAAGUUGAAUCUUUCUUUGGAAGACAAAGAAAUGGAAGUUUUACAAAAUCACUGGGUUUCUGAUGUGCACGAUGAAUCACCAGGUUGGGAAGAGUUAGUUGAUUUCGGAUUAGGUCAAUUGCUGAGCACUGUUUUAACCAAGAACCCUAAGGAUAAAACUCUUCAACAAGAAAUUGAAAUGAUAACAGAUACAACAAGGUUGAAAAAGAGAGUUGCUCUCGUUUUUGACAAGCUCCAUACCUACAAGCUUGUUCCUGGUUCUGAGGAAAAGUCAGAAAAGAAGAAAUAAAUAUAUUUAUUGCC